AUGGACGUCACGUGGCUGGUCUCAGCACUCCUGCCGUCAUUAGCAUCACCAGCCUUCUCUCCUGCAGUGAACGUUUAUGAGGGUUUGGGUCAGGGAGGAACGGACGCGGGGGACACCACGGCGCCCGGCCCAGAGCUGGGGAGUCAGUCGGGCACCUCGUCAAAGCCCGCAGCUGCUCCAAGAUGCGGACGCGACUGCCUUCCAGCUCCGACGAAGGACCCCGGGGCCGCUCUCUGCCGCGACCACGGUACAGCUCCGCGCCGCCGCCCUGACCUCUCUCUGACCUGCGGGCUCACUGACCUCCUCAGCCUGGCGGAGGCCUGCCCGGGUCCCCCCGCACCCCGCCGCCUGUCCCCGUGGCCCGACGCACCCCGCUUCAGGGGUCAGGGCUCCCCGAGUCCUGGCCCCGCCGCCCGCGGGGGCCAACCCCUGCAGGGCCGCGCCGACUCGCGGACGCCGCGCGGGGCGUCAGCUGCCUCUCCGGUCUGCUCCGCCUGGCGUCCCCGAGGGGGCGACCAGGAGUACUGA